AGCCUCAUUGUCGGAGGAAAAUGCUCCUUUUGUGCUUAACGCUUAUCGAGUGACCGCGGUGUGCUGGUCCUGAGCUGAGCUUUGUCUGAAUCCAUCUUCCCUUGGAUCUUAAAAUUGGGCGGCGCAUGGCAGUUUGCAGGCUUUUCUCAUUUUGGACUAGACUUGCGCACAACCUUGUGAAGGAGGGCUGCGUGUGUGUUACUUACACUUCGUAGACGGAGAGACCGGGGCCAAAGCUGUGGAGACGGCCGGGACUGGCACCCGGCUUUUGCCUUGGGUCUUUACCAUGUUCGAGGUAGUAACUCGAGGCGAAUAUCGAAGGCAGAAGAGGCAUAAAAAGCAGAAAGAAAGUGCAGAGGAGGUGGCCAAGUUGGAGAAGCACUUGAUGCUUCUCCGGCAGGAGUACGUGAAGCUGCAGAAGAAGUUGGCGGAGACGGAGAAGAGAUGCACCCUCUUGGCCGCGCAGGCGAACGGCGGGAGCGGCGGUGAGUCCUUCAUCAGCCGCCUGCUGGCCAUCGUGGCCGACCUGUGCGAGCAGGAGCGGUACAGCGAUCUGAAGAUAAAGGUUGGGGGCAAGCACAUCAAUGCUCACAAGUUCGUCCUGGCGGCCCGCAGCGACAGCUGGAGUCUGGCCAGCCUGUCUUCCACCGAGGAGUUGGACCUGUCAGAUGCUAACCCUGAGGUGACCAGGACGAUGCUCCGCUGGGUCUACACGGACGAGCUGGAGUUCGGAGACGACGACGUGUUCCUCACUGAGCUAAUGAAACUGGCUAAUCGCUUUCAGCUGCAGCUCCUCAGGGAGAGAUGUGAGAAGGGUGUUAUGUCUCUGGUGAACGUCAGGAACUGUAUUCGCUUCUAUCAGACCGCGGAGGAGCUGAGCGCCGGCACGCUGAUGAACUACUGUGCGGAAAUUAUCGCCAGCCACUGGGACGACCUACGGAAGGAGGACUUCAGCAGCAUGAGUGCCCAGUUGUUGUACAAAAUGAUCAAAUCCAAGACUGAGUACCCGUUGCAUAAGGCUAUCAAAGUAGAGAGAGAGGAUGUGGUCUUCCUCUAUCUAAUUGAAAUGGACUCACAGCUCCCUGGGAAGCUGAACGAAGUGGACCACAACGGACACCUCCCCUUGGACCUGGCCCUGUCACGGCGACUGGAGAGCAUUGCCGCCACGCUGGUUAGUCACGGAGCCGACGUGGACAUGGUGGACAGGAAUGGCUGGAGCCUGUUACACAAAGGAAUCCAAAGAGGAGAUCUCUUUGCUGCCACCUUCCUCAUUAAGAACGGGGCCCUGGUCAAUGCCGCCACGUUGGGUGCCCAGGAGACACCGUUGCACCUCGUGGCGUUGUACAGUUCAAAGAAACACUCCGCGGACGUGAUGUCGGAGAUGGCCCAGAUCGCAGAGGCCCUUCUGCAGGCCGGUGCCAACCCCAACAUGCAAGACAGCAAGGGCAGGACCCCCUUACACCUGUGCAUCAUGGCGAGGAACGAACUCGUAUUCAGUCAGUUGCUGCAGUGCAAACGGCUGGACCUGGAGCUGAAGGACCACGAGGGCAGCACCGCCCUGUGGCUCGCGGUGCAGUACGUCACGGUGUCUCCCGACCACUCGGUGAACCCCUUCGAGGACCUCCCGGUGCUGAAUGGGACGUCGUUUGACGAAAACAGCUUUGCGGCGAGACUCAUCCAGCGCGGCAGCAACACCAACGCGCCCGACGCCGCGACAGGGAACUGCUUACUACAGCGGGCGGCCGAAGCAGGGAACGAGGCAGCGGCUCUUUUCCUGGCAACCAGUGGAGCCCACGUCAACCACAGAAACAAGUGGGGAGAAACCCCGUUGCACACGGCCUGUCGGCACGGGCUGGCCAGCCUCACCGCGGAGCUCCUGCAGCAGGGGGCCAACCCCAACCUGCAGACCGAGGAGGCCGCGUCCCCGGCCGGCUCAGGGGACGGCGUCUACCUGCAGACCCCAUUGCACAUGGCGAUUGCCUACAACCAUCCGGACGUGGUGUCUGUCAUCCUGGAGCAGAAAGCUAAUGCGCUUCAUGCUACCAACAACUUGCAAAUCAUUCCGGAUUUCAGCCUCAAGGAUUCCCGAGACCAGACUGUGCUGGGCCUGGCAUUAUGGACCGGCAUGCACACGAUCGCAGCCCAGCUGCUGGGUUCCGGCGCUUGCAUCAACGACACCAUGUCGGACGGGCAGACCUUGCUGCACAUGGCCAUGCAGCGGCAGGACAGCAGGAGCGCGCUCUUCCUCCUGGAGCACCAGGCAGACAUAAACGUCAGGACUCAGGAUGGGGAGACGGCCCUUCAGCUGGCCAUCAGGAACCAGCUCCCGCUCGUCGUGGACGCCAUAUGCACGCGUGGAGCGGACAUGUCCGUGCCAGAUGAGAAGGGGAACCCCCCGCUGUGGCUCGCGCUGGCGAACCAUCUGGAGGACAUCGCAUCCACCCUGGUCAGACACGGUUGUGAUGCCACGUGCUGGGGCCCAGGGCCGGGCGGCUGCCUUCAGACACUCCUGCACAGGGCCAUCGACGAGAACAACGAGUCUACUGCCUGCUUUCUCAUUCGCAGCGGCUGCGAUGUGAACAGUCCCAGACAGCCCGGUGCUGAUGGAGAAGGGGAGGAGGAGGCCAGAGACGGGCAAACGCCCUUGCAUUUGGCAGCUUCCUGGGGGCUGGAAGAGACGGUGCAGUGUCUUCUGGAAUUUGGUGCCAGUGUAAACACACAGGAUGCGGAAGGAAGGGCACCUGUCCACGUGGCCAUCAGCAACCAGCACAGUGUCAUCAUUCAGUUGCUGAUCUCCCACCCUGACGUCCGCCUCAGUGUCCGCGACAGACAGGGGCUGACCCCCUUUGCCUGCGCCAUGACGUACAAGAACAACCGGGCGGCCGAGGCCAUCCUGAAGCGAGAGCCUGGGGCUGCCGAGCAGGUGGAUAACAAGGGCCGGAAUUUUCUUCAUGUGGCAGUCCAGAACUCUGAUAUUGAAAGCGUCCUGUUCCUGAUCAGCGUCCAGGCUAAUGUGAAUUCCAGAGUCCAGGACGCCUCCAAGCUGACCCCUUUGCACCUUGCUGUCCAAGCAGGUUCAGAGAUUAUCGUCCGCAACCUGCUUCUUGCAGGAGCCAAAGUGAACGAACUAACCAAGCACCGCCAGACUGCCCUGCAUCUCGCCGCCCAGCAGGACCUGCCCACCAUCUGCUCCGUCCUCCUGGAGAAUGCGGUGGACUUUGCUGCUCUGGACGAGAAUGGAAAUAACGCUCUUCAUCUCGCGGUCAUGCACGGUCGGCUCAACAACAUCCGGGUCCUCCUGACCGAGUGCACCGUGGACGCUGAAGCCUUCAAUCUACGAGGCCAGUCGCCGCUGCACAUCCUGGGUCAGUACGGCAAAGAGAACGCAGCUACCAUCUUUGAGCUCUUCCUGGAGUGCAUGCCUCAGUACCCUCUGGACAAGCCGGACGCGGAAGGAAACACGGUGCUGCUGUUGGCUUACAUGAAGGGGAAUGCCAACCUGUGCCGUGCCGUCGUCCGCUCGGGAGCUCGCCUCGGGGUCAACAACAACCAAGGGGUGAACAUUUUCAACUACCAAGUUGCCACCAAGCAGCUUCUGUUUAGACUGUUAGACAUGCUGUCCAAGGAGCCUCCAUGGUGCGACGGCUCCACCUGCUAUGAGUGUGCGGCCAAGUUCGGAGUCACGACGCGCAAACAUCACUGCCGUCACUGCGGACGCCUUCUGUGCCAUAAAUGCUCGACCAAGGAGAUCCCUAUUAUAAAAUUUGAUCUGAACAAGCCCGUGCGAGUUUGCAACAUUUGCUUUGAUGUGCUGACUCUGGGGGGCGUCUCUUAGUGAGCCCCCCGGCCGCACCCCGGUCACCUCCCGGGGGCCGCUCCGCGUGCCAGCCUCACCCACCCAGAGCAGGGCUGGCCCUCCUGUCUUCCUGCGGCAACAGACUGAACCAUUACGGACCCGCUGUGAUCAGUCCCGCUUCAAGGAUUCCGCGUGGUUGUUGGCGUGUCAGACUGUGGUCAGGGCCACCGGACGCCUCCCACCUUGGACCAGGCCGUGUGCCUCGUGGCCCCUGCGAUGGGCAUCCGGCCCCACUCUGCUUGCAGCACAAGGACCCUGGGAAAACCCUCCCCCUGCGGCAGCGUAGUGUCCGCGGGGAGCGUGCCCGCAGCGGGAAGCUGGCCUCACUUGAGGGUAAGUGGCUGUGGACUUCUGUGCGCAGUUUUCAUAAAGAUUCUAGGAUCCUCUGGCCCGAAGUCUUUUUUGUUUUUUGUUUUGUUUUGUUUGAAAAGCUAAGCUGUAUUUUAGGGAGCUAGCCCUUUAAAAAAGGCGAAAUCUUUCUAAACAGGGUUCAAAGAUGAGAGCUGAAAAAUCGUGGCCUUAACUGAAAGCUUUACCGUAUCCCUACGACUGGGUGUUGGGAGGGCAGUGUCCCGUUCUCUGUCCUGCCGCAUCCUGUCUGCAGAGGCCUCGGUCACUCUGCCGCUGGGGCGUGGUGGCGGAGACGCGCGGCGCGCUGUUCCAGACGGCUGCGCUGCUCACGUUCAGAAACGCCCCCGCCUCCAGCAGCCCUGGUUCUGAUGGCCAGCUUGCAUCGGACCUCAGCACACACUUCCUGCGAAGAGUCCCUCCCCGGGAGGGACACCGUCACUAGGCCUGGUGACGGGAGGGGCAGCGUGCGGCCUCGGGCCGGUGGCUGCCGGGUCGGCCCGCGUGUGCGAGCCUGCGGGGAAGAUGCUGGGCCGUGAGUGGAGUGAGGUCCUCGAACUGACCGGGCCUCAGUCGCUGCUCGUGUGUGUGCUGACCCCGCAGCGCUGAGCUUCUUUUGAAGGUUUGGCCGGUUUAAAAAAAACAAAAACAAAAACGUACAUUUAAAGAGAAACUUCCACCACUGCUUUAAGAAAACUAACUCCGAGGUCAACACAAGCGUUCACGAGUUUUUCUCAGAGAUCGACCGUCUUAAUCGUAAUACUGAUUUCUUCUGACAUUUGAUAACCACUGCAUUGUUUUUGCAUUAAUGAAAAUGGAUAUGUGUGUAAAGGGACUAAGUAUUUUUUUGCAACAGCCUGGUUGUUUUGGUUUGUUUCUUCGGAUAGUGGUAUGUCCUCUCUGUUGCUGUAGGUUUAUACAUUCUCUUGCCUACAUAUGUGUGUAACAUGAGCUGAUAAACCAGAGUGCUACUUUUUAAUAUUUCUGUGAUUUAUGAAAUAUAUAUGCUUUCUAUGUUAAUAGGAGCUUGUGCACAAUGUUUAAAAGAAAAAAUUAAUUACAAGAGUUUUCCUGUCCCCUAAAGUCUGUGACAUAUUUCAUGCAGAACCUUUAGGGAGAAGCACCUGGCCUUGGCAGACGCCUGCCCACGUGAGGCCCGCGGUCGGUUUCCACGUGCGGGUGCCUGGACUGGGCCCUGAGGAAGUGGGGCGUAGGCAGGUGGCUUGACUCCUUAGUUGGAAAGGAAGAUAGUUAGGCUUCCGAUGCGAGUCGAGGUGCUCGGUACGUUUACACCUGCUCUUUCCACGUUCAGGGUGGAGAGUCAGUCGGGGCGUGGCCGGCUGUCUCGCCCCCGCCCUACCGUUCCCAGUCCCAGUAACAGUGUCGCCUGCGAUUGCACAUAAAAUCUUAAAGUUGUGCUGAAAAUGUGCGACGUGAAGCUUCCGUUCCUGCACAGAGUCCAGGGGCGGCUGUGGUGCUGAGCAGAGACGUGGGGGGACGCUUGGGGAGUCCUGCACUGGCUUCAGGGGUGUCCUCGCGUGGUACACGGGGGCGGCCUGCCCACAGUGUCGGGGUGCUCGCUGGCCGCAUGCAGCACGUCCCGUGGUGGCUGGCCGUGGGACGCCCUCGUCACUGCCCAGGCUGGGACCUCACACGCUACAGAACUGCCUAGCUCUUUGUGACCGUUUCACCCAUAGCUUAAAUGCUAGUAGCAAAGUCUCAAUUUUAUCCAUUCAGAAAACUGCCAGCUGUAAACAGUAGAGCGGGAAGAAUAAACCUCAUGAAAUACAAUUUGUGCAUCAGUGAAUUAGCUCUAACUGCUUCCUGCUCAUCGCCAGGCUUCCCGGACUGUGCACUCGUAGCCGUCUUUCCCUUUUUUAAAUACUUCCGUGUGCAGUACAAGCCACGUGCUGUGCGCAAGGCCAACGGCUAAACUGACUUGCUGUGAUCCUCUAACGUGGGAGUUCCCCACCAAACUUAAGUGCCUACACCUAGGAGUUUUUAGCUCUCUGUGAUUUGUAGUGGUGUCUCGCAGAAUGAUGGACUAGAACACGAGUUCCGUUUGCAGUUUGCUGCCCGCACUUGGUCAACCCCAGUCCCCAGGCUGGUCGAGGCUGGACCAGACCGCUCAGGUCGCCUGCCGAACCCUCUCCAGGAGUGGGGUCCCCGUGACCGCCCGCCCUCUACCUCAGCCCUGGCCGUGCCCACUCCUCUCCCUGCCCGGGGGCCCUGCGAGGAGCCCAGUGGGCCGGUGCAUUCGCGACCACCGCACACUCAUGCCCCCUGCCUGUUACGCCGAAUGGAGUUGCGCUGACCUUGUCCAGAGGCGUGGAGUGGGGGAGAGCCUAGGGAGGGGAGGGCUGUCAUCUCCAUCUGGGCCGCUCGACGGGAGAGAAAGAACACUGUCGACGACGUAAAUGCUCAGGCCUGAGAGGCGCACCAGGCCCCUAGGUGACGGGAGCCAACGCAGGUGAGUGUGACGCCGUCACGACGGGGACCAAAGGAGCCCCUGGCACAGCUUCUCCCACGACUGGGAUUGCUGCCCUCAGGACGAGCCCCAGGAGGACUGGGCACGGGACCCCCUAAUCUGAAGCGCCCCCGGCCGCGGAGACGUUCCCGUCCUGUGGGAGCAGUUCGGCGAAGAGCGGAUUGCUUGCCGAGACGCGCUCAGCACGUGCUAAAUUACCCGGGGUCGUCAGAUGCCUGAGAGACUGUCUUUGGAAGCUCGUCGCCUGUACGGUGCCUCUUCUGUGUGGCGUAAAUAACGUGCGGCCUGUCGCGACAACGUUGGCUUUCCGUAGCGAGGGGGGGUCUAAACCGCUUGACCCCAUGACUUGUCCUCUUUGGGCAGAUGUGUGCGGCUGGCUGUUCCCGUGACACCCGUGUGACACCAAGGGAGGGGCGGAGGCUGGAGGUGUGCCUCAGUUUCCAGGCCGUUCAGGGUGGCGCUCAGUGUGGGAGGAUGGCUCUGUGUGUGGGACCACGACACUCCCAUCCGCAGCCCGUGUGAUGGAAUGUAUGUCUCGAAUACCGGUAUCGGCAUUUUCUGUAACAAUUCCUUAUAACGAGGUAAAGUUGUGCAUUUAACGUGGAAACUUUAAUGAGACGAUUGUAGUUACUUUUUAACGCAGCGGUACCAAUAAGCAUUAAAAGCAACCUUUUCAAACUC